AUGCGGUUUAUUCGUGGGUUUUCGACAACACGCAGCACCUGCAAAUCAGCAUGUUCACUGGUAAAACCAGUGCAUCAUCUUGUCAAAAUUGAUAAGAGCAAACUCUCACCAAGAUUUGAAGAGCUUAAGUAUGCUAAGAAUGAUAUCAGAUCGCCAGGAUUCAAACCUGUCGCUACGCACCAAGACCGUGUUGUUGACCAUUACCACAACACUCUGCAACCCGACUUACUUCUUAUAAACUACUCUCACAAGGCACAAGUUGAAAGGGGCGCCAAAAAGAGAGAAUGGGACAAUUCAAGCCCUUACCACUUGAAUAGGCAGCUCAGGAAGCCAAAAGGGUCCGCUGCUCAGCUUCCCGACAUUCAUCCAAUAAAAUGGCAUAACAUACCUUCAUUGGAAUCUGUUGUCAUAAACUGUUACGCUAAGGAGUCUAAGGAGAACCAGCUGUUGCCUAUCACUGCAGCACUCCAAUUGCAACAGAUCACUGGUUGUAAACCGCAACCUGUGUACGCGAGGACAGAUGUUCCUUCAUGGAAAGUUAGGAGAGGAACGCGCAUGGGAGCCAAGGUUGAGUUAAAGGGUCGCCCAAUGUCACAGUUUUUGAGCACUUUGACUGAAAUUGUUCUUCCCAGGAUAAGAGAGUACAAAGGAAUCAGCAACAGAUCAGGAAACAGAUUUGGGGGUCUCUCAUUCGGAUUGACAUCCGAAGAUGUUAGGUUCUUCCCAGAAAUAGAGUCCAAUCAGGACUUGUGGCCCAAAACUUUUGGUUUGCACGUUAAUAUCAACACGACUGCGCAGAAUGAUGUCCAGGCCAGAACGCUGGUAAGUGGAUUUGCGUUCCCUUUUCAUGGCCCUGAAAGGACCAAGUAA